UGAAGGCAGCAAAGGCAGCCACUGGGUUGAAUAACAGGACUGAGUGAACCCCCGUUUUCGUGUGUGUGUGUGUGUGUGUCUCGGUGGAGGAGGAGGAGGAGCCCGGGCUUCUCCGCUGUGAUAACAGGCUGCUGCCUCGACUGUGUUAUCUUCCGUUCCCCGCCGUCCGCUCAGCGGAGCUGCUCCGGACCUGCAUCAGGAUUUGUUCAAUUCUUAUGAAACUUCACUAAUAGCUGAAGCGCUCCUCCCAUGGUGUCCCCGGGAGACUCCUCGGCCUCUAUUCGACUUCACGGAAACUAUCGGCGACCUUUUGGGGGGUCUUGAAAAUCAUGGAAACGUGGUUUUUGAAUCACGUCCUCGGUUUGUCUCUGUCGGUGCUCCUGCUGGGUCUGCCGGGACCCCUCGGGGCUGGGACCCCCAGUAACAACAGCACGGAUUCGGUAACGGCGGGAUUGUAUUAUUCGGCCGCCACGGAUGAACUCAACGACAUGGAAAACAAUGCAACUUCAACUUCACACUCCAGCGAGAGUUCAUCACCAUCACAGAGGAACAUCCUGCUCACACACACUGCUGAAGCGCACACCGCUGCUGCUGGAAACUUCGACACUGAGCAGACACAAACCUCCACAGAAACAAGCAGCAGGUUAUUAGAUGCCAUAGGUCUGUCUACUGAGCUACUCACCUCCACCCUUGUUGGAUCCACUACUGAGGCCAGCAGCAGCAGCAGCAGCAGCAGCAGCAGCAGCAGCAGCAGCAGCAGCAGGGACUGGGAGGACCUUGUUAACACAGACCAGGCAUCAAACUCCUCUCUUGCUGUAUCCUGGGAGCCUAGUUCCUCGAUGAUGACAGAGGAGGCCAGACAUCCUCCGGAGAGCCCAGACACCACCCUCCGACAACGAGAUGCUUCACCCUUGAUGUCCCACACAGCCGUCCACACUGAUGGCGCCUACACUUCCACCACCAUCAGCCGAGCUGGGGAGAGGACCCUGCUGUCUGUCACCUCUUAUUCCAGCAACAGCACCUCCUUUGCUUUUACAGAGGACUUCAACUCACAUCAGCCCCCAUCUAGCUGGGGGACUUCUGCCAGAGCUACAGAGACUGAGGAGUACACCCACAGUGCCCCAUCCACCAGCACUGACAGCGGGGACACGACAGACCAGCACAUGACCCACUCCUUUAAGGGGAUGUUCUCGGAGACCGGGAGACCAGAAGCGUCCAGAGGAACCCAGAGUUUAAAUGGACAACCUAAUGCCACCCAACAUCAGCAUGCCUCAACGUCAGAGGAGACCUCUGACUCGACACCACCUCUCAGAGUGACAGAGCUCAGUACCGACCAAUCUGAAGUGUCCGUUUCCUCCACACCUCCCGUCACCUCACUUGCAGAAGGUUCUGCAAACGUUUCAGAGACAGAACAAGGAUCAGGUUCUUUUGUUGGAACCUCCACUCAGUCCUCCACUGAAGACCACAGCUCCAGCAUUCAGGACCAGGAGGCCACUGAGGGGCUUCCGUUCCAGACCAGUGAGCAAAAUGUGGGCUUGGGUCUGACUACGGGACCCCCUACAGUCAGCAGUAGUACAUCUGAACUGGACGGCUCUCUAACAGACACCUCGGUGCUGGUUACUGAGGUCUUUGUCACCACCGCACCUGUCACUGCCACAGAAAGACCGCAUAUAACAGAGGAAAACACUUUCAAAGCCACUGCCCCUGCCACCACCACCACCACAUCUCCCCUCCCUGCAACCUCGUCCCCCAGGCUCAGUAGCACCAGCAGUAGCUUUGCUCCGGGUUCACCUACAGAGGCCACCAUCUUGUACACUGCACCCUCCACCCCAGUCUCCACUGUUGCCCUUCAAACCAGUGCAGUGUACCCAACACACCAUGCACCAUCCAGCCAAACCCAGGGACCCUCAACUGGGAUGGCUAACCCCACAAAUGCCACCAUCCUGCAGACAGAAACAAGCACAAGCACCCUGGGAAUCACCACAGCUCAUAGCCAGGACGUCACCACCACCUACACCCCCAGCACCCCAACCAAGAAUACAGAGGCUGUGCAGACCACCGGGAAACAGACAACAGGCAAAGGGACGACAGAGCUGGUGGUGACAACUGCACCCACUGACAUCAGAUCCACCAAAGCACCACCCACACCAAGAAACCCCUGUUUGUCAAGCCCUUGCAUGAACGGAGGGAUGUGUGGGAGCCACAAAGGCCAUCAAUUCACCUGCCACUGUCAGCAGGCGUGGACAGGAUCAACCUGUGACCAGGAUAUCGAUGAGUGUGAGAGGGACCCCUGUCCUGUCGGGUCCAGGUGUGUGAACACCCGAGGUUCCUUCAGCUGUGAAUGUCCCCUCGGCUUCGACCUGGAGGAUGGACGCACAUGCACCAGAGCAAAGACGUUUCUGGGAACAUUCACCGUUAACAGACUGCCACAUGACCCCGUUUUCUUCAAGAGCAACACCAUGCAUGAGAUCCACAGAGAGAUCAUUCAUCUGCUCAACGCCUCGUUGUCAGUCCUCCGGGGUUACAGCCGCUCACUGCUGAGUAAGAAGGAAGAGGACGGGCUUCAUAUCUCAGCUGUCAACAUGUUUUCUAUUUCCGCUGAUGUAACGAGUGCUGAAGUCUACAACAGCAUCCAGAUGUUUCUCAGCAACUGCAGCUCCUCAGUGGCCCACUGCCGCAUGGUCCUGCUCCACCAGCUCACCUAUCACGAGGAGAGUCUGUGUGUGGCUCAGAAGACUCAGUGUAAUAUGGAGCGCUCAGCCUGCACAGACCACAGCGGCACAGCCCACUGCCAGUGUCUUCAGGGAUACUAUAAACACAACCCUGACGACCUGUCCUGCUUAGAAUGCGGGGAUGGCUACAAGCUGGAAAACGGCACCUGCGUUCCGUGCACGUUUGGAUUUGGAGGAUUCAACUGUGGAAAUUUUUACAAGCUGAUUGCAGUUGUGGUGUCGCCUGCAGGGGGCGCUCUGCUCCUCAUCCUCAUCAUCGCUCUUAUUGUCACCUGUUGCAAGAAAGACAAGAACGACAUCAACAAGAUCAUCUUCAAGAGCGGAGACAUGCAGAUGUCCCCCUAUGUAGACUUCCCAAAAAGUAAUCGCAUAUCCAUGGAGUGGGGCAGGGAGACCAUAGAGAUGCAAGAGAACGGCAGCACCAAGAACCUGCUGCAGAUGACUGACAUUUACUACUCUCCCGCGUUACGUAACUCGGACCUGGAGAGAAACGGUCUGUACCCGUUCACGGGCCUCCCAGGUUCUCGCCACUCGUGCAUCUACCCCGCCCAGUGGAACCCCUCGUUCAUCAGCGACGACUCACGAAGAAGAGACUAUUUCUGACUGCCCCGCCUUGAACACACACACACACACACACACACACACACACACAGAAUCCUAUCAUCUCUUAUGCUGAUAACUGUGAUGCAUCAUAGUGGUUUUCUGUCACAGUGACAAUGUUGAUGUGUAAGUCGCCCCUGUUUUGGAGAGCCCAUCUGCAUAUAUAUAUGUGUGUGUGUGUGUGUGCAUGUGUGCGUGUGUGCAUGCGUAUCAUGCAAGUGCACAUUUUUGCAAGUAAAAUGUCUCCUGAGAGUGUCCUUCUAUGACCAUUUUGGUGUUUUUGCAUGUUUUAGCCCAUUUACUCCAACUCGCACGUCACGUCGCUGCUGUUGUGUUAAAGACUGCUUAAUGUGUUUUUCCAGCCUUCCAGGCAGCCGCUGGUUCUCAUUUACUUCACAGUGUGGCGACAAACAAUUCACAGACGGCUUGAGGUGCUUCUGUGACACUGAACAUCAUAUCUGUCUGUUGCUGCCUGUUAGUGUAGCACAGACCUGCACUGCAUCAAUGCACAGUGAUGAGUAGAGAUAUUAUGUUUGGGAGAAAAACACAUUUCAAAACGGCAGUAAUGUAACAUGUACAUGAUUAGAUCCUAGACUAGAAUAUGGAAAAACACUGAAGUGGUCCUUUAAAAGCGCUGCCCUAUGAGUGAUAUGCCUGAAAAUAAAACAUUUAGGGCAGAAAAGGACGAGAACAAACCACUGAAGGAGGCACAAAGUUUGUUUUUACUGCCAAAAGAAGCUGAGGAUCGACUUUGAACUCUGAUGACAGCGUUUAUUUAUUCCUUGUAUGUUCAAGCCUUCGUCAUGUAGCAUAAUUUUCAUCUCGUACAUACACACUGAUAAGAUGGAUAAACCUGUGGCUUAAAGUGUGUGUGUGUGAGAGAGAGAGAGUGUGUGUGUGUGUGUUUUAUCUGUAUCACCAGCAGGAUCGUAACUGUCGAUGAGUGUUUGAAUGUAAAGAUGUAUCAUAAUUAGUUUGCUGUGUUCGACACGGAGUACAAAUUUUAUGGGACUGUUUUCUUUUCUUCUUUGUGAUCUGUUGAUUCUGGCGUUUUAGUCAGACGUGCUUAUUUAAAUAAAACCAAACAUUGCACAGCAGGAUUUCUCCGA